AUGGCUUCAUCUGUGUUUUCUAAGGUUUUCCUGUCUCUAUGGGCCUUUCACUCUGCUGUCCGCGCCUAUCCAAACGGUCCAUGGUACCAGGUUCCAUUAGGCGAAAAUGUCCUGGGAGAUCCCACAAGAUAUCCUACUGCCGACGACAAACAUGUGGAUUAUGUCGUCGUGGGCGGUGGUGCAUCGGGUCUCACUGUGGCCGCUCGCCUGUCCGAAGAUCCUUCAGUCACUGUGGCGAUUGUUGAGGCCGGUUCAUUUUAUGAGCAAACUGGAAACCACAGUGAGGUCCCAGGAUACGCCGCGGACUUUUUGAAGGGAAACAUUCCUCCUGCCCUGGACUGGGGAUUCGAUACCGUUCCACAGGACGGUGCCGAUGGCCGCGUGAAACAUUUCACGAAUGCAAAGACCCUGGGCGGCAACUCUGCCUUUAACUUGAUGGCCUACAUGGCCACCAGCACGGGCGCAUUGCAGAAGUGGGCAGACGAGGUUGGCGAUGACUCCUGGACUUAUUCCAAUGUAGCCAAGUACUUCCAGAAGAGCUUGAACUUUACAGGCAUCGAUCCCAGCAAGCGACGACUCAACGCAACCCCGGAACUAGAUACCAGCCAUGUGGGACAUGGGGGCCCCCUGGACGUUACCUAUGCGAACUACGGCCAGCCGUUUAGCACCUGGAUCAAGAAGGCAUUUGACCAAUUGGGUAUGUUACCUGUCGGAGGGUUCAUGUCUGGGGAUAUGUUUGGGAGCAGCUGGGUCUUGGACACAAUCAAUCACACUGAUGGUAAGCGGGCGUCGUCGUCAAAGGCCUUUCUGCAGCCCAUCUUGGGGCAACGAAAGAAUCUGUUCUUGUAUAAUGUUACUUUGGCAGAGAAGGUAUUGUUCAAUGACAAAACCGCGAGCGGUGUGCAAGUAUCCCGAGGAGAGACUACUUUUACCUUAUCUGCUGCACAUGAGGUAAUAAUUACAGCGGGUGGAUUGAUGACCCCACAGCUGCUCCAAGUCUCGGGCGUUGGCGACGCAAGUAUUCUCAAGAAGCACAAGAUUCCUAUCGUCCUCGAUGCGCCGAGUGUAGGGCAGAACAUGGAAGAUCACAUUAGCUUUGGAAUCGGCCACAAGGUCGAUGUGCAGACCAAUUCAGCUCUGAAAUACAAGGACCAAUAUGACGAGGCUGUGAAGGAGUUCCAAGGACAACAAGCUGGACUUCUUUCUAGCCCAGGGCCAGACUUCGGCGGUUUCGCCGAUAUUCCGCUGGAUCUGCGCAACUUCUCCGCGAGCACCAAAUCAGGUCAGCCUAAUUUCCAUUCCACUACGCAUACCCAUAACGUCCUUACUGACUGCUCGAUAAUAGACCUGGCUAGCUUCCCCAAGGACUGGCCGGAAGCAUUCUUCAUCUCUUUUCCUGUCGACAUGGGCUUCCCGACCGAUGGAUACAACUAUGCAAUGCUAUUUUGCACUCUCAUGACCCCCAUGUCUCGGGGGACUAUCAGUAUCAAAUCGGCCUCAAUGAAAGAUAGCCCAGUGAUUGACCCGCGGUGGCUCACCUCCAGCACUGACGUUGAAAUUGCCGUCGCAGCAUUCCGACGUGUCCGACAAAUUUUGCAGAUGCCCGUCCUCCAACAAAACAUCAUCGUCGGGUCCGAGAUCACACCGGGAUCUGACGUGAAUUCUUACGAUGAAAUUCAUCAUUACUUGAAGCAGAAUUUUGCCUCCAUGUCCCACCCGGCGUCUACCUGUCGAAUGGGCAAAGAUGGAGACAAGAAUGCAGUGGUAGAUUCCAAGGGUCGCGUUUUAGGUCUUGAUCACUUGCGAAUCGCAGAUGCAUCGACCUUCCCGUUCUUGCCUCCUGGUCUUCCUCUGGGUGUUGUCUACAUGGUCGCUGAAAAAAUUGCCGACGAUAUCAAGCACGCUCGCGGACAGCACCAUUCCGAGUUGUGA